AUGUACGCUAACUAUAUUGUCUAUCUCACCAUACUCGGAAUCUUCACCGUCUCCCUCACUGCCGGUGAAAGAUUCAAGGAGGCUCCAGAGUUCUUCAACUCCCCGGAGUGUCUCACCCUCCAAAACGACGACGAUAUCGCCUAUUCAGACAAAGCCGUCCACGUAGCAAUGACCUUAGACGCAGCUUACCUCCGUGGCUCAAUGGCAGUGAUUCUCUCCGUUCUCCAACACUCUUCUUGUCCACAAAACGUUGUUUUCCACUUCAUCACUUCAAAACAAACCCACCGACUCCAAAACUACAUCGUUGCUUCUUUCCCUUACUUGAAGUUCCGAGUUUACCCUCACGACGUAGCCGCCAUCUCCGGCCUCAUCUCCACCUCCAUCCGCUCCGCGCUCGACUCUCCUCUAAACUACGCAAGAAACUACCUCGCCGACAUCCUCCCCACGUGCCUCUCACGUGUCGUCUACCUAGACUCAGAUCUCAUACUCGUCGACGACAUCUCCAAGCUCUUCACUACUCACAUCCCCGACGACGUUGUCUUAGCCGCUCCUGAGUAUUGCAACGCGAACUUCACCACUUACUUCACACCGACAUUUUGGUCAAACCCUUCUCUCUCCAUCACACUCUCCCUCAACCGUCGUCGUCCACCGUGUUACUUCAACACGGGAGUGAUGGUCAUAGAGUUAAGGAAGUGGAGACAAGGAGAUUACACAAGGAAGAUCAUUGAGUGGAUGGAACUACAGAAACGGAUCAGAAUAUACGACUUAGGGUCUUUACCACCGUUUUUACUUGUUUUCGCCGGAAACAUAGCUCCGGUUGAUCACCGUUGGAACCAACAUGGUUUAGGAGGAGACAACUUCAGAGGACUGUGCCGAGAUUUGCAUCCAGGUCCAGUGAGCUUGUUGCAUUGGAGUGGUAAAGGGAAACCUUGGGUAAGGUUAGACAGUGGUAGACCUUGUCCGCUCGAUGCGCUUUGGGCUCCAUAUGAUUUGUUAGAGCCACUGUUCGAUCUCAUUGAGAGUUAGAUUAGAGUCUAGAAGUUACUUUUUAUUUUUAAUUUUUGAAUACAUA